AUGUCUCUAGAAAGUGCCACCGAGACCACGUUAUUUCCAUCUCCCACGGUUCUGUCCCUUCUUCAUGGCAAUUCGGAGGUGCCAUUGUUAGAUUUUACUCUCGGCGAGCUGCUGGAUUUCCAGUGCAAGAGGUAUGGGAGUAAAGAAUGCUUGGUGGUGCCGUGGACAGGCGCCAGAUGGACAUACGGCCGUCUUAGGGAGGAAAGCAUUCGACUGGCGAAAGCCCUUGUUGCUCGAGGGCUACGCCCAGGGGAUCGAAUCGGUAUCAUGGCCGGAAACUGUGAGCAAUAUGUCUCGGUCUUCUUCGCCUGUAUGAAGCUGGGAUGUAUCCUGGUCAUUUUGAACAACACCUACACUGCAUCUGAAGCAAUGUAUGCACUGAAAUUCACAGAAUGCAGAAUACUGUUUGCGACUCCUCGAAUCGGUCAUCACGACAACGGGCAACUUCUUCGCCAAUUGAGAGAGAAGCCUGGUACGGUCGAGGAGAUUAUCAUUCUACAAGGUCCACCCAGUCACUUCACUCCCUACGCAACACUCCUAGAAACAGGAGCAGUCGGAUCCGAUGAGAUUCUCGAAGCAGCCUCGAAGGGAUUCAGCUGCCAUGCCGUUUGUAAUCUCCAGUUCACGAGUGGAACGACAGGAAACCCGAAAGCUGCAAUGCUGACACAUCACUCCUUGGUCAACAACAGCCGCUUCAUUGGCGACCGCAUGGCCUUGACGGAUCAGGACGUGCUGUGCUGUCCACCGCCGCUCUUCCAUUGCUUUGGCCUGGUCCUUGGCCUGCUAGCCAUUAUAACUCAUGGCGGAAAAGUGGUCUAUCCCGCCGAGACCUUUGACGCCGUUGCGUGCCUGAGAGCCAUCUCGGAGGAACGAUGUACUGCCCUUCACGGUGUCCCAGCAAUGUUCGAUUCCAUUUUCAGCCUCCCGCGCCCCGAGGACUUCGAUUGCUCAGCCUUGCGAACCGGGAUCAUAGCAGGGGCUCCCGUACCUCGCCACUUGAUGGAACUUAUGGUAAACGAACUCGGGAUGACCGAGUUCACCAGUAGUUAUGGCUUAACAGAAGCUUCACCAACGUGUUUCAACGCGUUCCACAACGACCCCACAGAUUUGAAGCUCACCACCGUGGGCCAAGUCAUGCCGCACGCCCAUGCAAAGAUCGUGGACCGACACGGAGGAAUCGUCCCAGUCGGUGAGCGCGGAGAACUCUGCAUCGCCGGGUACCAACUACAGCGAGGCUACUGGAGAAACGCGGACAAGACAAACGAGGUCAUGAUCCGUGACGGAGAUGGCGUGCUGUGGCUGCAUACCGGCGACGAAGCUGUCUUUCACAGGGACAAGACGUGCAGUAUUACGGGUCGGUUUAAGGAUAUCAUUAUCAGAGGUGGAGAAAAUAUCUAUCCCUUGGAGAUUGAAAGUCGUCUGGUCCAGCACGAGGCGAUUGACCGCGCCAUCGUCGUCGGCGUCAAGCACGCCAGAUACGGCGAAAUCGUAGCUGCAUUUCUGCAACGCAGCAGCUCGACUCCUGCAACAACCCCACGAGGAGGUAGUGUUGGAGGAGAAUAUACGACUCCGACUGCUCGUCGUCCCAGCGACGAAAACAUCCGUGAGUGGGUGAGACUGAAGCUUGGCCGACACAAGGCGCCGGCGCAUAUUUUCUGGCUGGGAGAAGAUGACAUUCCGGCCACCGUGCCGUUGACAGGGAGUGGAAAAGUGAGAAAGUUCGAGCUCGCGCAGCUGGCGGGACAGUUGGUGACUCAAGGGAGACCGAAAUUGUAG